GGGAACCUGAGCCUUCUCUCCCUUUUGCACUCCACUGCUUUGGAUCCUCGCUCUGAACUUGCCGGCCCAACAUAAGUACGCGCUUACAAAAUGGCAACAUCCGAGGCCACCGUGCCUGUAGAGGAAGCUCCGCACUCUACAGUUCAAUCAAUCAGCGCCGAUGAGAUUGCCCUGUAUGACCGACAGAUCCGCCUCUGGGGUGUCAAGGCGCAGGAAAAAAUACGAUCGGCCAACAUCCUUCUCAUUACUGUGAAAGCGCUAGCCAACGAGGUGGCUAAGAACCUUGUGCUGGCUGGUAUUGGGUCUCUUACCAUCAUUGAUCACGAAGUCGUCACAGAAGAAGACCUCGGUGCCCAGUUCUUCGUAUCACAGGAGCAUAUCGGCCAAAAUCGCGCCAGAGCUGCCGGUCCUCAAAUCCAUGCCAUGAACCCCAGAGUGCAGCUACAUAUUGACACCGACAAUGUCCGCACGAAGCCCCCGGAGUUCUUUGCAGGUUUCGACGUGACAAUUGCGACGGAGCUCGAUUUUGCUACACUUACCACUAUCAAUGCAUCAUGCCGGAUCGCAAACCGUCCCUUCUAUGCGGCAGGUCUGCAUGGUUUCUACGGGUUUGUUUUCGCCGAUCUCAUCAUGCACGACUUCGUCAUCGAGCGCUCGAAGUCGAACGUCCAGUCGGUUCCGCAGGAGACACCUACGCGCAGCAUCCUAAACAUCACGACGAAGAAGGAGAAUGACAAGAUCAUCGAGAUGGUGACCAAAAGGGAGAUCUAUUCGCCGCUGCUUCUGGCCAAUACUUCGCCCCUCCCGGAGGAAUAUACCCGGAUUCCUCGCAAGCGGAGACAGGUGACGCCCUUGCUGACAAGCUUACGAGCGCUGUGGGAGUUUCAGAAGCUCUCAGGCGGUCCCCUGCCGACCUUUUCCCGCGCAGAUCUAGAACUAUUUACAAAACUGGCCAAUGAGCGUCAUCAGGAACUGAAGCUCGAUCCAAGCACGUUGACCUCCGAGUUCCUGCGCAGUUUUCUACAGAACCUUGGAAGUGAGCUCAGUCCGGUCGCUGCGUUCCUGGGUGGCAGCCUUGCGCAGGAUGUAAUCAAUGUCCUCAGCGCAAGAGAACAGCCUCUGCAGAAUCUUCUGCUUUUCGACGGCGAGAGAAAUGUGGCUCCAAUCUACCCUCUGCACCCUUUCUUCCCUCCUGAAACCGCACUUCCUAUGGGCAUGCCGGCUCCAAAUUCGGUUAUGACUGGAGGCAUUACUGCAAAUGCCCCUUGAGGCAGCGCAGGCCAGGAUAAGGAGAAUCUACGCACCUAUCGAUAUUUCUUUCUCUUGGACCACACGAGGCAAGAUCAGCCGUCCCAAUCUGGUUGAUACCCUACUUUCUUACCUCCACCCCCUUGAAAACCCUUCAAAACCCUUCACAUUAAUGUAAUCACGAGCGUUAGUCAUGUACUGUACAAUACGGAAAGGAACGGAAAGGAAAGGCGAGAAAUGGAGAGGAAGCCAUAUACGAAUUUCAUUUCAAACCAAGGAUCUACCACAAUCCAAGUUACUUCCAAAUUUCAAAUUGUAGCAUUCUUCGAAAUUCUUAGUCGCUUUU